AUGAGAAGCGCCGGUCUUAUUUUGGCGGCCGCGGCGUCCGUCCGCGCCGCUUGCUCGUGGAAGAACGUCCACACCGGAGGCGGUGGCGGCUUCGUGCCGUCCAUCGUCUUCCACCCGACCGAGAAGGGAGUCGCAUACGCUCGCACCGACAUUGGAGGUCUUUACAGACUGAACGCCGACGACUCAUGGACCCCCAUCACCGACGCCAACGGAUUUGCUGAUGACGCCAACUGGAACCGAUGGGGCAUCGACGCUCUCGCGGUUGACGCCCAGGAUGCGAACAAGGUCUACAUUGCUACUGGCAUGUACACCAACGACUGGGACCCCAAGAAUGGAACUUUCGCGCGCAGCUCCGACAAGGGAGAGACCUGGGAGACCACCACUCUUCCCUUCAAGGUCGGCGGCAACAUGCCCGGUCGCGGAACCGGUGAGCGGUUGGCUGUCGACCCCAAGAACUCGGAGAUUAUCUUCUUUGGUGCCCGCAGCGGCAACGGUUUGUGGAAGAGCACAGACGCUGGUGCGACUUUCUCCAAGGUCUCUACUUUCGAGGCCGUCGGUACUUUCCGCCCUGGCGCAGCGAGCGAUGCCUACAACGGUGACCUUCAAGGUCUGACCUUCGUCACCUUCGACGAGACCUCCGACGUCGUCAACGGUGCGACCUCGAGAAUCUUUGUUGGAACCGCCGACAACACCACUGCAUCCGUCUACGUGAGCACUGACGCCGGUGCCACCUGGGGCCCUGUCGAUGGCCAGCCCAAGAAGUUCUUCCCCCACAAGGCUGUGCUCCAACCCGCCGAGAAGGUCAUUUACUUCACCUACUCCGAUGGAACCGGCCCCUACGAUGGCACCCAGGGCGGUGUCUGGAAGUACGACCUGACUUCGAGCAAGUGGACCGAUAUCACCCCCACCACUGGUAGCGAUCUCUACUACGGCUUUGGUGGACUCGGUGUCGAUAUGCAGAAGCCUGGAACGAUCGUUGUCGCCACCCUGAACAGCUGGUAUCCCGAUGCCAUCCUCUUCCGUUCCACUGACUCCGGCGCGACCUGGAAGAGAAUCUGGAGCUACGGUGCCGAUGGCAAGGUUGCGCCGCAGUACACCAUCAGCGCCCCCAACGCUCCCUGGAUCGAGACGAACUUCCUCGACAUCGACACCAAGAAGCUCGGCUGGAUGAUUGAGUCCCUCUCAAUUGACCCCACCAAUAGCGACAAGUUCUUCUACGGCACCGGCCUUACCCUGUACGGUAGCAACGACCUGACCAACUGGGACAAGAACAAGACCAUCACCAUCCAGAGUCUUGCUUCCGGUAUCGAGGAGAUGGCAGUCGGUGCCUUGGCUAGUGCCGCCGAGGGCCCUGAGCUCUUCUUCGCGACUCUUGACAACAACGGCUUCACCUACAAGACGGCCGCUGAUGUCGAUAAGGCCCCUCAAUCCGCCUGGACGAACCCUUGGUGGGCCAGCAGUGUCGACGUUGACUUUGCCGGCAACAGCCCCAACAAGGUUGCUCGCAUCGGUAAGGCCACCGACUCUCCUCAGCUUGCCCUCAGCAACGACGGCGGUGAGACCUGGUCCGUUGUGAACUCCACCGGCAACACCAUCACCGACGGCUCCGUUGCCUACUCUGCCGACGGCGAUGUCAUUCUCUGGUCCUCCAAGAGCGAGGGCGUCCAGGUCAUCCGCAACGCAGGCAAGCCCGAGAACAGCACCCUCCCCGCGAGCAGCGUCAUCGCCAGCGACAAGAAGAAGAACGACGUCUUCUACGCCGGUUCCAAGGCCACUUUUUACGUCUCUACCGACGGUGCAGCCACCUUCACAGAGUCUCCCCUGGGCAACGUCACCGAAAUCCGCUUCAUUGCCGCUCACCCCGCCACAGCCGGCGAGCUGUUCGUCUCCACCAACUCGGGCGUCUUCCACAGCACCGACUUUGGCAAGACCUUCACCUCCAUCUCUGGCCCUUCCAACGCCCACGCCGUCUCCGUCGGCAAGGGCGAAGGCAGUGCCUGGAACCUGUACGUCUUUGGCGAGGCCGCCGACGGCAAGAAGCUCUACGCCAGCGCCGAUCUCGGUGCUUCGUGGGUUGACCUCCAGGGCACCUACAGCUUUGGCGCUCUCGACGGCGCUGCUCUAGUUGGUUCCGCCAACGAGGCCAACGUUGUCUAUGUUGGUACCAACGGCCGCGGUGUCAUGUACACCUCGUGCCCUGUUUCCAACUCCACCGCGGCCCCGGCUGCUGCGCAUGCCAGAAGGCACGCUCGCAGCAGACCCAUGCGUCUUGGAAGAGCUCCCCACCGCCACUGA